AAAUUGCUCUUGCGUCAAAUCACCUUAGCAGCCGGAUGUGAUGUGGCUCCCAAGGAGCAAGCCAAAGAUAAACACGUAGCCAGACGAACAGGGGCGAGGAUAAUACAUAUUAUAGAGGGGCUACCGUGAAACGAUCGAAAUGGAGUAGCAGCUAAAAAUAUAUAGAUUUUAGCAGGCUAGGAGACAUCCGUCAAAUUAACCAAGGAGCAAGUCUUCCGCAGACAUCGAGUCGUUUCUGUAGCCGAGUCCAAAAUGGUGCGAGCAACCUUGGUGACUGCCACCAGUCUGGCUCUGACUGGGGCCGUGGUGGCACAUGCUUACCUCCUCAAAAACCAGUUCUACCCGACUGUGGUCUACCUCACAAAGAGCAGCCCUAGCAUGGCGGUGUUGUACAUUCAGGCCUUUGUGUUGGUGUUUCUUCUGGGAAAGUUCAUGAGGAAGGUCUUCUUCGGACAACUAAGGGCUGCAGAAAUGGAGCAUCUCAUUGAGCGCUCCUGGUACGCUGUGACCGAGACGUGCCUGGCAUUCACCGUGUUCAGGGACGACUUCUCCCCUCGCUUCGUCGCCCUCUUCACACUCCUGCUCUUCCUUAAGUGCUUCCACUGGCUGGCUGAGGACCGGGUGGAUUUUAUGGAACGGAGUCCAAACAUAUCCUGGAUCUUUCACUUCAGAGUAUUAUCUCUCAUGGGACUGCUUGCUGUUCUGGACUUCCUGUUUGUCAACCAUGCCUGUCACAGCAUCAUUACUCGAGGAGCCUCAGUCCAGCUUGUUUUUGGAUUUGAGUAUGCCAUCCUGCUGACCAUGGUGCUGACCACCUUCAUUAAGUACCUUCUGCACACUAUCGACCUGCAGAGUGAGAAUCCCUGGGACAACAAGGCCGUCUACAUGCUCUACACUGAGCUCUUCACAGGUUUCAUCAAAGUGCUGCUGUACAUUGCCUUCAUGACCAUCAUGAUAAAGGUCCACACCUUCCCCCUGUUCGCCAUUCGGCCCAUGUAUCUGGCUAUGAGGCAGUUCAAGAAAGCUGUAACAGAUGCUAUAAUGUCCCGGAGAGCUAUCCGCAACAUGAAUACACUAUACCCUGAUGCUACUCCUGAAGAUCUGCAGGCCUCUGACAACGUCUGUAUCAUCUGUCGAGAGGAAAUGGUCACUGGAGCCAAGAAACUUCCGUGUAAUCACAUUUUCCACUCCAGCUGCCUCCGCUCCUGGUUCCAGAGGCAGCAGACCUGCCCGACCUGUCGCAUGGACGUCCUCCGUGCAUCCAAUAACAACCAGACUCCAGCCCCGGCCCAGGCCCCGCCCCCUGCUCCUGCAGCCCCCGCCAACGCCCCCGCAGCCCCACCCGCCAAUGUGGCUCCAGGCAUGUUACCUGGCUUUCCUCCUGGCGUCUUCCCCUUCUGGGGUCCCUUCCCUGCAGUGCCCCCCCCUGCUGCAGCAGCUCCUGGUAACACAGACGCUCCACAUGGCAGCACAGAGGCGACACAGGCAGCUGGGAGCAGCCAAGCCAGCUCGUCGGCUGCAGUCGGCGCUGCAGGUGCUGCUGCUCCAGGAUCAGCUAUUCCAGGCUUCCCCUUCUACCUUCCCCCUCCUCCCUUCCCCACUGCACCGUGGCUGCCCAUGCCUCCACCUCCUCCCUUCGUGUCGUCGAUGCCUCCUCCUCCUCCCUCUCUGUCCCGGCUGUCGGAGGAAGAGCUGAGGGAGCUGGAGGCAGAGGGGCGGCAGGGCCUGGAGGCCCGGCUCCAGUGUCUCCAGAACAUCCACACCCUGCUCGACGCCGCCAUGCUCAACAUCCACCACUACCUCAGCACCGUCGCCACGCUCAGUCCUCCUCGGGCUGAGGGCAGCGCUGGAGAAGCCAGCGGGACAAACACCGCUGCUUCACCCCCUGCAGCUGGCAGCAGCACGGACAGUCCCAGCCAGGAGAAAGACUCAACCAGCUCUGAGCAGCUGGACGGAGCUACCUCUCAGCCAGCUGACUCUACUUCUACCGCCUCGGACACGGAAAGAAAAGAAGAGAUGGACGAAGGAGUGGCGGGGGUGGGUGAAGGGGUGGGUGAAGGGGAAGGGGAGGAGGACGGAGAGCCCAACGCCGCAGAGCUGAGGCGCCGCCGCCUUCGUAAGCUAGAGACGUCCUCACCAUCAUCUUCACCCCCUCCGGAUAACUGAUCCACGUGUUCUGACUCGGACAUAUUGCUCUGGACCGGCAGGAACUCUGCGCUGAUCGAUCGUUGCUUUUGGUUCUUUCUUCCUUGUGGCGCUCUCCUUCCACAGGCUCCGGUUUCUAACUGUCAAGUUGGACUCAGGCUAACGGGGGACGCAAUGAUCGGUGCCGCAUAUCUGGACUGUUUCUGUGUCGGAAAGCAAUAACACCACCUCCCCCCCACCAUCCCAGAAUGACUACUGCAAUAAGUUCUGCAGGUGUUUGUGAGUUUAAUCCGGCGGCAGAGGAGUUUCAAAGCCAUUUAUUUGGUCAAUGUGAGAGAGACGCUGUUUGGAUUUGUGUUUGGUAGUUUAACUGUCGGUGAGAUCCUCGCCUGCAAUUUGAUUUUUUUGUUUAAUUCAGAUUUCCCGAGUACAAAGGUGGUCUCAUUCACAUCAACAUGUUACACCUGGAUCAGUGUCGGAUCCAAUGAAUUCAAAUCGAGGGAAGUUGUUCAACUGCUUUGGCUUUUGUUUAGUUUUUUUAACAUUCAUCACUCUUCUGUUGCCACUGCAGUCGCUGUAACAUACUGAUUUAUUUGAAUAUGUACAUACUGUAUAAAGAGUUUUAAUAGGAUGAUCUGUACAUAAUGCAGAAUAAACUGUUUGACUGAAAUGGCAGCA